AUGCUAUCAAACAAAGAAAAAGCCGUGAAUGCGAAAUUAGCGCCCAAGUACAUAGGACCACUAACGGCAAAACGAAUUAUUUCGCCCGUAAUCGUUGACCUAAUCGACGAAAACAACAAAUGGCACAAACACAUACACGUUCACGACCUCAAAGCGGACAACUCCGAUAGGACACCACCGUCAGCCAGGGUCACAGAAGAAAAACUCGCGAUAUUUAUGGGCAUCCUGAAAAUACCAGAACCGGUAGCACACCGACAGCGGAUAAAAUCAGUCACCUGGAGAGGAGACACCGCAGAAUCCACACAACACCCAGCCAACAGCUCCGACCGGCAUCAACAACAGCCGAACACCGCGACCAAUGGACCAGACACCACCGGCGUUCUGAGUACCUUGCAACAAAAAUUAGAAAACCUUAAUAAAUCUAAUCUUAUAGAUUGUCAUCCAUUGGUUACGGCUAUUCAACAAGGAUUAGAUAAGAGAUUCUGUACAACAUUCGAAAAAAAAGAAUUAAUAAUUGCAACAUGCUUGCAUCCAAAAUUUAAGUUAAAUUGGUUAUCUGGAGAAAAAAAGAAACUUGCCGAAAUCUACUUGGGAGAUUUAUUAGGAAUCCAGUCAACUGAAAGUUCUCCAAAAGAUAUAAAGUCUGAUGAGCACGAUGAUUUUUUUAUUUUUGAACAACACAAAAGCACGCAAACUGAAUCUGAAGAAGAAGAGCUACAACGGUUUUUAAAAUCAAAAAAUUGUAAUAUUGAUAUGCUAAAUGACUAUCCAAAACUUAAAAAACUUUUUCUUAAGUAUAACACAGCGCUUCCAAGUAGUGCCUCUGUGGAACGCAUGUUCAGUGUAGGUGGCUCUGUAUUAACACCGCAAAGAGGACAUUUGUACGAUGAUACCAUCGAGCAACAAAUUCUCUUAAAAAUAAAUAAAGAAUUUCGAUAAAAACUUAUUUUGAAAUAAAAUCUGCGAUUUUUAAUAAAAAAAAAUUUUAUUUACAUUUACAGCAUAUUAAUAAUUUUUAUAUAAAAAAUCAUGCAUAAA